AUGUCUCUGAGUAGCGGAUCUGGUACGCCUGGGGCAUCAAAACGACCAGCGGAAGAUGUUUCAACGCCUGGCAAUGAAAAUAAGAAAGUGAAAGCCGAGGUUCUGGAAAAUCCACUUGACGACGCCCAUCUAAAUGGUCUUUUCGACCCACUCCCAUUUGAAACCAAAGGAGGCGCUAUUGACAGUGGAUUUGACUCAUCGAAUGCUAAAUUUGAAAUGCCUGACUUCCUUGCUGAUAGAUUGGACGUGUCCACGCCACCAGUUAAUAAUGGCUCUGCUCUGGCAGCAACGUCCAAGUCGCCAGCGGCGACUUCGAUGGGAGCGGGAACUCCAACAGAUUCAAAAUUUUCAGGGGCUAUUACCAAUAAUGCAGACAAUUCAGCUAGCGGCUUCCAGAAAACAAACGCCCAGACAUCAUACAACAAUGCUAACCUCACCAAUGUUCUGUCUCUUCCCCGCGUGAAUUCAACUAGUCGUGUUCCUGAUUAUCAUCAGGGCCAAGCUAGCAAUUCUCCAGCAACUGCUCCGGAACUCUAUCAAUCCUCAUCGAGCAUAAAUGUAUCCUCUGCAUAUCCAUAUCAAAAAACAACAGCUGGAUCUAUGUACCCUAAUCAGUACCGUGCAAACGCAGGCACGCCGGGCCCACAAUACAAGCCCAGUACCCGCUUUGACCCGAAGAAGACUUACCCAGCUCCAACAGGUGUGCCAAACAUGACUAAUGCUGGACCUGCCAUGACAGGCUACGGAGGGGGUAAUGCAGGUUCAACUCAAGAUAAAGAUAAGCCAGCAGAUCCAUCGAAGCUUAAUGAUGCGCUUGCUGCUGCUGGAGUGGACAUCCAAAGAGAGGAAGAAUUACUUUCUAUUCAAAAUAAUAGGACUGCUAUCAAUCUUCACCAACAGCAAUUUGCCAACAGACAAAGACAAACUUUCGGACCCAUGGGGUCGUUCCUCCAUCCAUACCACGUGGCUUUAUUCAUGAACAGAACAGCAAGAGAAAAUGGCGUGGCGCAAAAUUUUAUGGUUGACCCGGAAAUGCUUGAUUUCAUGUCUGCUGCUUGCAAAGAGUGGCUAUCUUCAAUCGUCAUGAAGACUAUUGCUCUCGCACGUCACAGAAGAAGAGGAAUUCCAGCAUUCAACAACAAAAAUGGAAAUUCAGGUGGAAAACCCAAGAGCAUACCUCCUCUGCAAAGAUCGGAAGUGUCCAAAGAAUUGCGUAAUUUGGCUCUUAGGCAGAAAGAGCAAGAGGAGAGAAGAGUCGCUAAAAGAUUGGCUCUUGGGCUUGAAAAGUCAGACGACGUUGCUCCUGAAACAGGGAAUAAAGUUGGCGCAGAAGAGACAUUGCAUCGGGCAGCUAAUGCUACUGCGGCCAUGAUGACCAUGAACCCUUCAAGAAAGAAGUAUUCGUGGAUGACGUCCGGUGCGUCAGAUGGCGGAGACGCUGGGAAGGCUUCCCCAGCGAAAGAUAGUUCUUCCAAGCAAAGUUCACUUAUCUCAACACGGGGUGACAAUGGCUUACGAUACCGCGAGAUCAGAACAGGUAACAUGGUCACAACUAAAGAUUUACUUGGGGUAUUAGAGGAUGAACGUAUGGGUACAUCCAAAGCAUUGAUCAAGGCUAUGCGAAGUUGA